AUGAGCCUCAAACAAGGAAGAAACGGAUCCAGUGUGAAGGAAUUUAUCCUUGUGGGAUUUCCUGGGACUCUGGAGCUGCGUACUUCCCUUUUCAUGCUCUUCUGUUCUAUGUACAUCCUGACAAUCACUGGAAAUGUGGCCAUCAUAGCUUUAGUGCAGGCCAGACAACAGCUUCAUACACCCAUGUACUUCUUCCUCUGCAAUCUUUCCUUCCUGGAAAUAUGGUACACUACAGCAUGUAUCCCCAAGACUUUAGCAAUCCUGGUGUCACAGAGGCACCAGAAGAUCUCCUUCCUAGGCUGCAUCACACAGAUGUAUAUUGUUUUUUCCAUGGGACGUAUAGAGUAUUUUCUGCUUGCUGUCAUGGCUUAUGACUGCUAUUUCGCUAUCUGCCACCCAUUGCACUAUAACACUAUCAUGUCCAAAAUGUCAUCAGUGCAGAUGGCAUUGGGCUCUUGGAUCUGUGGCUUUCUGGUUAUUUUUUUGCCAGCUUUCCUUAUUAACCAAUUGUCCUUCUGUGACUCCAAUGUUAUCAACCAUUUCUUUUGUGAUAUUGUGCCUUGGAUAGUCCUUUCAUAUACUGACACUUACAUGCUUGCAGCAGUAUGGUUUGUAAUUGCUUUCAUUGUCAUCAUCGGCUCAUGUGUAAUAACCCUCAUCUCCUAUAUCUGUCUAAUCAGCAAAGUUUUAAGGAUUGCAUCAACUCAAGGCCGUCAGCGAGCUUUUUCCACUUGUUCUUCGCACCUCACAGUGGUGAUUAUAUGGUAUGGUUCCACUAUUUUCCUUCAUGUCACCUCAUCUAAACAGCAGUCAUUGGGGCUGACCAAAAUAGUCACCAUAUUGAAUACUAUUGUCACCCCUUUGUUAAAUCCAUUCAUUUUUACACUUAGAAACACAGAGGUGCGGGAAGCUUUGAGGACCAUAUUCAAAGGCACAAAUGCAAUAAUAAGUGGCAGGAAAGAGAGAGGAAACAAGUAA